AUGGAUUAUCUCAACUUCUACAUUUUUGCUAGAGUGGCGUUUUCUGUGGCUGAAGAAUGGACACAGAAACCAUCAGACAAGACUUCUUAUACCCCUAUAAUCUUACCGUACGUAUUGAUUUCGAUAGAGAUGAAAUCUAUAACGAAGACAUCUGGUGAAUUCUGCUGGUCUAACAUUACGAGUUUGAUUUUGGAUCGGAAUUGCCUGUUCUACAUGAAUAACCCGACUGAUGUGGAAAGACCGUCUAAGGACCUCUUCAUACCUUUCCAAGUUAUUGAAAAAGCCACCAAUGAUUUUACAACGGUUCUCGGGAAAGGUGGAUAUGGGGUUGUUUACAAAGGAGAACUAUUACUUUUGGGUCAACUAACCUCUGUGGCUAUAAAGCGACUCGAUAGUAAUAUUUCUGGUCAAGGAAUCAAGGAGUUCUUAACAGAGAUUCAAUUGCUAUCUCGUUAUAAACAUCCUAACAUAGUCUCCCUACUUGGUUUCUGUGAUGAAGCUGGUGAAAGGAUCCUUAUUUAUGAGUAUGCGGAGCAUGGAAGCCUUGACAAAUAUCUGAAUGCGCCCAAAACUACUAUUCAACUAACAUGGGAGCAAAGAAUUAGUAUAUGCCUUGACAUGGCCCGUGGUUUAGAUUAUCUUCACAACCGCGUUGCAACAAACCAUCGAGUUAUCCAUAGAGAUAUUAAGAGUGCAAAUAUUCUAAUAGGUCAUGAGUGGAAAGCGAUGAUUACAGAUCUUGGACUUUCCAAAAUAGGUCGUGCAAAUGAAGGUGACUCUUAUGUAAUUACGAAUGCUUCUGGUACACAUGGCUAUUGUGAUCCCACAUACAUUCAAACUGGAGUCCUGACCAAAGGAUCUGAUAUUUUUUCAUUUGGUGUGGUGAUGUUUGAAGUCUUAUGUGGGAGGUUGGCCGUUACGAAAGUAGACAAUAAAUAUCAAUACCUUGCCGAAAUAGCCCAACGCUACUACGAAGGAAAAAGGUUAUAUGAGAUUAUUGAUCCCUAUUUGAUGAAGGAAGUGGACUUCGCUUCUUUGAAGAGGUUUUCAGAUAUUGCAUAUAAAUGUUUGCAUAAAGAAAGGGUCUUGCGACCCUCAAUGGAUUUGGUUGUUCAACAACUGGAG